AUUAUAAGCAGCAGUGGGACGACAAAUACUUUAAUGAAUCUCUACAAUGAGUACCGUUUGCGGCGAACCAAUGGAAAUGGAUCUAUAAUAUUGUCGGGAAUACCCAUUAAUAGGGGUCUCAAUCAUACCGUCAAACGGCAACUCAAUAAAUUAUUCGCGCGAAUAUAUCAUUCAUCAAUAAUCGGUCACAAAUUUAAAAAGAACCAGUUAUACAAUAAAAUCAAUUAUGCCAAAUUGCAUGAGUUGCCCUGUUUGACGCCCUAUAGUGCGCCCCCACCUGCGCACCCUACGUAUAGUGCCCCCAUAUAUACCCAG